UCGGCUCCCAAACAGGCAACUGAGCUACAUCAUGGCAGCAGACUUAAAGACUUGCGAAAUUACAUUGCCAUUGGGCAAGGUCAAGGGAAUGAAACGUAAGACCAUUUACGAUGAUGAGUACUUUAGUUUUGAGAAACUGCCCUUCGGCAAACCACCGAUUGGCGAAUUGCGCUUCAAAGCUCCCCAGCCAGCUGAGCCAUGGAAUGGGACACUUGAUUGCACUCAAUUCGCUGAAAAGCCAGUUCAAAAAGGUUUCCUAACGGGCAUAAUUGAAGGCGUCGAGGACUGUUUGUAUUUGAAUGUGUAUAGCAAACAGCUGAAAUCUGAGAAGCCAUUGCCGGUUAUGGUUUAUAUUUAUGGCGGGGCCUUUACUAUUGGAGAAGCCACACGUGUUCUCUAUAGUCCGGACUACUUUAUGGCCAAAGAUGUUGUUUUGGUAACACUCAACUAUCGUGUUGAUUGUUUGGGUUUUCUUUCGCUUAAAGAUCCAAGUCUGAAUGUACCGGGAAAUGCAGGACUCAAGGAUCAAGUGCUGGCCCUUAAAUGGGUAAAACAGUACAUUUCCCACUUCAAUGGCGAUGAAAAUAAUAUAACAGUCUUUGGCGAGAGUGCAGGUGGUUGCUCUACACACUAUAUGAUGUGCACGGAGCAGACGCGAGGUCUAUUCCACAAGGCUAUACCCAUGUCCGGAACCGUUCACAAUUAUUGGUCUAACACUGAGCCAGCUGAUUUUGCCUAUCGUCUCGCCAAACAUCAUGGUUACAAGGGCGAGAAUAAUGAUGCAAAUAUAUUAAAGUAUUUGCAGGGAGUUCCUCCUUUGGAAUUGAUCAAUCAUAGCUUAUUGACAGUUGAGGAUCGCAGAAAUGGCUUGCUUUACCCCUUUGGCCCCACCAUAGAGCCAUAUGUGACAGAGGACUGUGUGGUGCCGAAACUACAGGUGGAAAUGGCACGUGAAGCCUGGUCAAAUGAAAUACCUGCCAUGCUGGGCGGCACCUCAUUCGAAGGUCUUUUUAUGUAUCCUGCAUUGUCGGCAAACUUCAAGGCAAUGGACAGCCUGCCAAAAGAUCCUCUUAGAGUUGUACCUUACGAAAUACGGGUGGAGAACACGGAGGAAAAGAAUCUGGAAUACAGCAAGAAAAUUAUUGAAACGUAUUUUGGAAAGGCUACGCCAAAUUCUGAGCUGAUGUCAAACUUUAUGGAUUAUUAUUCCUAUAAAAUAUUCUGGCAUGGCUUUCAUCGUGCUCUUCACUCACGUUUGACUUAUGGCAAAGCUCCGACAUACUUCUAUCGCUUUGAUUUCGAUUCUCCCGAUUUCAAUUUGUAUCGUAAGAAAUUCUGUGGCGAUAAUGUCACCAAAGGUGUUGCUCAUGCUGAUGAUUUGUGCUAUUUGUUCCUUAACUCUGAAGCCUGGAAGUUGGAUAAAUCCUCGCCAGAAUAUCGCACUAUUCAACGCAUGAUCGGUAUUUGGACUUCUUUUGCGACUACAUCAAAUCCAAAUUGUCAGGAAAUUUCCGAGGUAAAUUGGCUACCUUCGACCAAGGAGCAAGCUCAACUAGUACUUAAUAUUAGCAGCGAUGUAAAGAUAAUUGAUCUGCCCGAGCGUGAGAAGUUGAAGGUUUGGGAUAUAAUGUACAAACCUGAAUCACUGUAUUAACAAAAAAAACUUGUGAUUAUUUGAGCACAUUGGCAUUUGAAAAUAAACUCAGUCUUGGCAAAUUCAUAAA